AUGACUCGUACGACCACCCACGUCCUGCUCCUCCUUCUCGCGUCAGCGACGACAGCGUCGGUGGGAGCCCAGCAAUGUCGACUCAUAGCCCAUAACGACGCGGGGAGCGUGCCUACCCGGACUUCUGGGUCCGGCGGGGGAUCGCCCGCAUCGAUCUCAGCGACGGCCACCGGCGCACAGCCUUCCGCUUCCGCAGCGUCCACAAACGCCUCUUCUUUCGAUUACGGGAGGGAUGUGAUCAGAGGGGUGAACCUGGGCGGGUGGUUCGUGCUAGAGCCAUGGAUCACUCCGAGCAUAUUUGAGAACACGAAUGAUACCGACGUUGUCGACGAAUAUACAUUUGGCCAGCUGCUAGACUCGAAUUAUGCCUCCAGCGCAUUGCAGCAACAUUGGGACACGUGGAUCACAGAGGACGACUUCAAGGCCAUCAAGGCAGCGGGCCUCAACCAUGUGCGAAUACCAGUAGGCUACUGGUCCGUGCCUAUCACGUCCGCCGACACGAGCUACUCGACGGAUGUCUCACCGUACGUCACCGGCGCAUGGCCCUACCUUCUUCGCGGCCUGCACUGGGCGAACGAGAAUUCGGUCCACGUCAUUCUGGAUUUGCAUGGCGCUCCAGGAUCGCAGAAUGGUUUCGAUAAUUCUGGGCGGAGGGGCUCCGCGGAUUGGGCGAACAACUCGACGAAUAUAGACCGGACGCUGGACAUUAUCCGAUUUAUUGCCGACAAGGUCGGCGGCUUGGUGAACGUCGUGGAAUUGCUCAACGAACCCGCUGGGUGGGAUUCGAACAUCAAUGCUGCCAUUGGACCCUAUUGGAGGGAUGGUUACUCUGUUGUCCGAAACGUCACAGGAAUGGAGAACCAUGUCAUGAUCGGUGAUGCCUUCUUGGGCGUGGAUGAUUGGCAGAACUUCCUUCUCCCUCCAGAAGGGCAGGGAGUAAUCAUGGACUACCAUCAGUACCAGAUUUUCAAUACCGACCAAAUCGAGCUUUCGGAGGACCAGCACAUAAAUUAUACUUGUCAAAUCAAUGCCACGCUAGCACCGUACGCCAAGUCUAACCUAAUGACUAUCACGGGAGAGUGGUCGAACGCCAUCACGGACUGCGCGAAAUGGCUGAACGGACGCAAUGUCGGAGCCCGAUGGGAUGGUAGCUACGCUUCCGGAGAGACCGCUUAUGGCAGCUGCAACGGCAUGACGGGAAACUACUCGACGUUCAGCGCCGACUACAAGACCUUCCUCAGAAAAUUCUGGGAGGCGCAGGUCGCAGUCGGCGAGAGUGUACAAGGAUGGAUAUUUUGGACGUGGAAGGCUGAGAACGCGGACGAUUGGAGCUAUCAGAAGGGUCUCGAGGGCGGCUGGAUACCGCAAGACCCGACGGACAGAAUGUACCCAGACAUUUGUUCCGGCAGCUCGAGCUCGUAG